GAAUCAGCUCAUCAUCAUCACUGAAUCAUCAAUCACGAAGCACAUUCAUUAGUAAGGACUGUUUCAAACGCUACUACAAACCAGGGGUGGCAAAUAGUUGAAGCGGUUCUUCCGGCGUCCACCACGCGGCGCUAGUAUCGUCUGAUGCCGGACGUUGUCUCAGCCGCGAACUCGUGACUAAGACGGCACGGCCCGUGACGCGACCGGCACGGGGUCGUGACGCCUGCGUCACGCAGCGCGUCACAACCGUCUCAACCGUGACGGAACGUCCAGGGUGCUUCGGCAGUGCCGCAAACGUCACAUACGCCGUGGUGUGUAACGGACGUUACAGUCCGGUGCGUUGCGGCGAUUUUGGACGUCACAAUAGACGUAAUCGAGUGAGGAGCUUGCGUGUUGUGUGAGUUGAAUGUCAAUGACAUGACAUAUAUCACAGCGCAGAGUGGACAUUCGAUAUCAGUGAUGCAGGGCUGUUCAGACAUGGCAAUGGCUCAACGAGAAAGAAGACGGCUUCGACUUGAAACAAGGAAUAAGUCAAAAUCAACCCAUCGUCGAGCGAAGUCUCUGUUGGAGCCUUCAGAACAUCAUGGGACGUCAUCAAUGCCAUGCGUGACGUCACAUAUGAUGACGAAGAUGGAAUCUCCUGACAAACAGGAGCAGUCCGUGACUGAACGGCUGAGCGGAACAUUCUUUCCCAACGAUGGUGGCAGGUUACAGGACUCAUCAUCACCGAGUCAUCACAAUUGUCUACCAGCAACUCCUCUGGAUAUUCUCACAUCGAAAUCUCAAAAACAAUCAUUACUUUCGCCACAGACGGCGACAAAAACACGGUUACGACUGUCGCGCCAUCUAUGGACGACCUUUGCAGUUGUGUUGGUGGCGCUAGUGUCGCCUGCACUUGGAAACGUCCCGCCGAGGUUUCUGUUGGACGGUCAGAGCGAGAUCGUGCUGAGGCUUCGGGAAGGCGAUCAGACUCCAGUAGGCAGCGUGAUAUACCGUCUGCGGGGCUACGACCCGGACGGCGACCGUCUACAGUUCGCCAUCAGGGGUCAGGUGGGGUCACGUCUACUGGAGAUACGACCCGCUACUGACACGGAGGCUGAUCUGGUGCUAAGGAGACCGCUGGAUCGGGAGCUUGAAGACGAAUACAGCAUAGUUCUCACUCUCACGGACGGUAGACUCGGCGAGGCUGUCGUCACCCAGUCUCUACUGAUUCUGGUAGAAGAUGUUAACGACAACAUGCCCGUAUUUCUACCACACGAACCCACCCUAACUGUGCGAGAAGACUCCCAGCCGAGGGUGUUGGCUGUCCUACAGGCUACCGAUCGAGAUGAGGGGCCGUUCGGUCAGGUUGUAUAUCGGCUGGAGGCCGACUCCUCAGCCGCCCGCGACCUUUUCUCCGUAACAACUCGAGAAGGUCGGGCCGUUCUGAAACUGGAUGGGAAGCUGGACUAUGAGCGACAGCCGUUCUAUCAGCUGCAGGUUCUAGCCGUGGACAGGGCUGCAACAAACGCGCACACAGCGACGGCGGCUCUGGUGGUCCGCGUGGAGGACGUUGCUGACAGUCCUCCCGAGUUUGUGGUCGUGCCGCCCGUGACGCGGAUCUCUGAGGACCUCGCCGUCGGGGCCCAGAUCAUGAAAGUGCUGGCCAUUGACGGUGAUCGAGCCGUAAACGCAGCCAUCGAGUACGCCAUGUUCGGAGGUGGCGCCAUCUUUUCCAUCGACGCCGACAGUGGUGCCAUCUAUGUGGCUGGGCCGCUUGACAGAGAGAGGAAGAUUGAAACGAACGGCGCCUAUAUUCUAACGAUAGGGGCGCGAGAAGCCGGCUCAAACACCGAUCACGUGACCACCGAGGCUACGGUCAUUCUCACAGAUGUUAACGACGAAACGCCUACGUUUAGCAGCGCCACCUAUACUGCCGAAGUGAGCGAGGCAGCUCAGCGCCAUCUACCACUGACCUUUGUCGGGUCAGCGGCGCCGCAGGUGUAUGACUAUGACCAGGGCACAAAUGGCACGUUUCGUCUGUACCUCGAGGGUGACGGCGGCGCCUUUGAAGUUACACCUCCGGAAGGUGUGAACGAAGCGACACUGACACUCAGGGUCCGGGACCCGGCCGGUAUCGACUUCGAGACGGCCAGAGAGUUGAAUUUCACCAUCGUGGCGGAGGAGGUCACCGACAUUAACCCCAAGUCCUCCCGAGCGACGGUAACAGUCUAUGUUAGAGACGCCAACGACAAUGUUCCCGAGUUCGCCGAAAAACGAUACGUAGUCUCAGUCCCGGAGAAUGUCCGUCGAGGGACUAUGAUUGCCUGGAUGCAGGCGCUAGACCCCGACUCUGGCUCGUUUGGAACGGAGGGAGUUCGGUAUACCGAUCUCUCCGGGGAUAUCGCCGAAUUUCUUCGUCUCGACACGGAGACGGGUCAGAUCACGGUCCUAACCGACGACCACGGUCUGGAUCGUGAGACAACGGCGAGACAUCAGCUGACUGUGGAGGCACGGGACGACAACGGGCGGGGAAACAGGAACCGCGUACCGCUAGAGGUGAUUGUUACUGACGUCAAUGACCAGACCCCGCGGUGUCUGCGUCCUCUGCUGAGGCUAACUGUGGCCGAAAAUACGGCUCAGCUGUCUCAGCCGGCCCGGGUAGAGGCUACCGAUGACGACCAGCCCGGCACCCCCAACUCGGAGUUGACCUUCCGUAUAGUGGCCGGUGACCCGGGCGGUAACUUCACUAUAGAUGGCAGCACCGGUCAACUGACCUUGACCCGACCUCUGGACUUUGAGGCCCUGUUCGGAGAGGGUGACACCAGAAUGGUCAACCUGACUGUUCAGGUGGCCGAUAAAGGCCAGCCGCCGCUCUCCACACUCUGCCGAGCGCAGGUGGUCGUCACUGACCAGAAUGACGAGGCGCCGCGGUUUGACCGGGCCGUCUAUACCAAAACGGUAUCGGAGGACGCGCCAGGUGGUACACGGGUCAUACAGGUAUUUGCCAGUGACGCUGACGGCUCGCGACAGAACAGUCGGGUGGUGUACCGAAUCCAGCACGGGGCCCAGGAUAAGUUCGUCAUUGACUCGACAACAGGACUCAUCACUGUCGCUCAGGGUGCCAACCUGGACCCCGACCUGAGCCGACCUCGCGCCGCCAACUACAAGUUGACGGUGGCGGCGCUAGAUGGCGGGCUCGGCGCCGACCAGCUGGUAGAUGUCGCCACCGUCAACAUCACCAUCCAGGACGUCAACAACAAACUGCCCAGUUUCUCGGACCCGGGGUUGGUGACAAUACCAGAGGACACACCACUCGGCUCCGUCGUCCGAAGGGUGGUGGCCACUGAUCUGGACGCAGUGCCACUGCUGCGAUACAGCAUCGACCACAGCCUGGGCGAGGCACGAACGGAGGAGGGAACCCUGGUGAGGGCCUCCGACUACAACUUUACGGCGGCCUUCCAGAUCCAUCCCAUUGAGGGCAUAGUGCGCACCGCCAGGACUCUGGACAGAGAGAGGGUUGAGACGAUACGUCUUGUGCUUCGGGUAGAGGAUCUGGCAGCUCUGAACGCCAGGCAAACCGCCACUGCAACGCUGACAGUUCGUCUAGCUGACGUCAACGACCACAAUCCCAUCUUCCGACAACCCUACUAUAUUCGCUCUGUCAUGGAAAACAGCAAGCCCGGUACACCAAUAGUCAGUGUGGUGGCGGAGGAUGAGGAUGUCGAUAGGACGAUACAGUACAGUCUGCACGGACCGGCGGAGAUCAUUGAUCUGGUGUUUCUGGAUGUGGAGACCGGUGAAAUAGUGGUGGGUAAGCGAAUCGACCGCGAGCAGACCACCUGGCUCAACUUUACCGUGAAGGCCACGGACAGCGGGAGACCGCCCCGCACAGCCAACGCCGACGUCUAUGUGCAGGUACUGGAUGAAAACGACAACAACCCUCAGUUUGUCGACUCGGAGUCAGUAGUGACUCUCCGCGAAGAUGCCGCCGUCGGUACCGUGGUGGUCCAGGUGGAAGCCAGGGAUAUGGACAGCGGCGACUACGGCCGACUGACCUACCGGCUGGACCGGCGCUCCUCCGCCGGCAAAUUCCAGAUCAACGCCGACACAGGAACGGUGACGGUGCUCGCGGAGCUUGACCGCGAGGAGCAGCCCGUGUACACGCUGAUUAUAGAAGUCUGGGACAACUAUCAGUUCGGGUUCACGGCGGGGGAGAGCCGGAACGCUUUCAAACAAAUCAGGGUCGAGCUGUCCGACGUAAACGACCAGGCUCCGGUUCUACACCUUCCCUCGACUUGUGUCACCGUGACCGAGUUUCACGACCCGCGGGACGUCAUCACACUGGUGACGGCUGAUGACGCCGAUGACGCCUCCACACCCAAUGGACGCGUGCGAUUCAGUAUUGCUGCGGGAAACCAGGACGGUCUGUUCACGAUGAGAGCCAUUGACGCAAACUCUGCCAACCUGUUCGCCACGCGACGUCUGGUCGGUUACUAUGGCAACUACACGCUGACUGUUGUCGCCGAGGACGGAGGCUACCCACCCAAUACCGCCAAGGGUCAGAUGUCCGUGUGUAUUGCCGACUUCAACGACCACGCGCCCCGGUUCACACAGCCGCCGGCCAACAUCAGCAUCAGGAUUCCUGAGAACGCCUCACUGGGCUCGCCCAUCAUCACCGUCCACGCCGAGGACGCCGAUGUCGGUAUUAACGGCGCAGUACGUUACCGUCUGAGACCGGAUCUGCUGGGGAACCACCAUACCUUCCAGAUUCAUGACGUCACUGGACAGAUAGUGCUGCGCCAGCCGCUCGACAGAGAGAGGCAAAAGGUGUACGAGAUCCGCGUUGAGGCGUACGACCUGGGUGUACCGACUGCGCUCAGUUCCGAUCUCGACCUGACCAUAUUCGUCCGUGAUGUCAACGACUUUGAGCCGCAGUUUCUGGUCGAUACCUUCUCAGUGAAUUUCACAGAACAUCUCGCUCCUGGCGAGGAGCGUCGCCGCCUGGUCCAAACCGUGGACAGAGACGAACCUGAUGAAGAGGAGCUGGCCCGCGCGCCGCCCGUGUGCUACUUCAUAGUCGCGGGGAAUGAGGAGGGAUUCUUCACACUGGACUCGCACAAACACGAUAUUAUGGCGAUCAAGGAGCUGGACCGUGAGGUGACGUCACAGUAUACGCUAGUCGUCAAGGCAACCGAGGAUUGCCAGAAGAUACCACCAGAGGAGCCUUUCUUCAAACCGGAGGAUGAUACACUGCUGAAGGUGAUUGUACACGUGGAUGACAUUAACGACAACCAGCCAAAGUUUGUCCGUCGACUGUUUACGGGCGGCGUGACCACGGAGGCUGACUACGGAGCAGAGGUCAUCACUGUACAGGCCAUUGAUCUUGAUGCUGGGGAAAACGCCGAGCUCCGCUACGCCAUCAAGGGAAACGUUCAGAAAACACUCAGCGAAGGUCUGGAAACCAUUGGAGACAUACCAUUUGUGCUGGAUGCAGAGACUGGCAUCGUGACGCUCAACUUUGACCCGCAGAAAGGGAUGAAAGGCUACUUCGACUUUAUGGUGUCAGUGGUGGACCGGUCGGGUCUGGGGGACGAGGCUAGGGUGUUUAUAUAUCUCCUCCGGGAGGACCAGCGGGUGAAGUUUGUACUGAGGAUGCAGCCCCAGGAGGCCAGAGAGAAGAUCGACUACCUCAGAGACUACCUGGGUAACGUCUCCGCCUCUAUCGUCAAUGUCGACGAGUUUAAGGUCCACGAGACUUCCUCCGGAGCCGUGGACCGAACGAAAACCGACCUCUAUCUCCAUUUUGUGGACCGGAGGGAUCAUAGUAUUCUGGAUGUGGACAGAGUGCUGGCGCUGCUGGAUCAGAAUAUUGAGACGCUCGAUCCGCUGUUUAAGGAAUUCAACGUGCUCUCGACCCGCGCGGCUGCCGCCACGGCGGCGCGGGUCGAGCCGGCGCGGGCCGCGCUGAGCUGGCUGUUGGGGGCGUGCUGUUUCCUGCUGGUUCUGUUGGCUACAGUGCUGGGGGCGUGUCUCAGUCAGCGGGCCAAAUACAGGAGGCAGCUGAGGGCCGCCACGGCCACCGCUUUUGGUUCCCCUUCAGCCACAGUCAGCCGUAUAUCAGCAGUGCCCAACACCAACGUGCACGCAGUGGAGGGAAGUAACCCGGUCUGGAUGGGCGCGUUCGACAACACGUGUUAUAAGCUGGACUCGCCCGAUGGACAGCCGAGCAGCAGCCGUCUCUAUGUCGAGGGCGACAGUCUGGACGAGAACGCCCUCACCGACAGUCUGACACUGUCUGUACAGCAGCAACAGGAGCUGUUCGCCCAACAACAGAGCAGCAGGUCCUCGGCGCGAUCUUCGGUGAACUACAACACUCCCGACCAGAGUCACAAAACCACCAACGAUCUCGGCCGAUAUCAGCAAAACAUCCUCAGUCAGAGUGACCGCCUCAUGCCCCGAGGAAAACAUGUCGAAACCACAGAGUUGUGACGGCCCCAGUCCGCCGCGCUAGAGACAUCUCGCGGCAGAAAAAGGAACUCGAACUGUCGGGUGUCUCCGCGUGGCGGCGCUAGUGCUGAAAGCGAGGCUUGAUGAGAAAAUUUGAUGCCAAAUGUAAGUUGGCAUUUGAAUUGAAAGAGAAGUGAGUGUUUUUUUUGUGGUGAAUGAACUAAGCCAUGUUUUCUAGUGUGUGUUCUGUAUUUAUCGGUACCUACUAGCUGUAAGAUGUAUGCAUUGCUACUUAACGUUUAGGUAAGCAGUGGGAAUGCGUGAACGGCUGCAGUAUGUUUCCAGGAUACAUGUUUGAAGCGUAAUUGCUUGCUUGUGGUAUUUGUUCGACCAAUUAUCAGUCCUUUUUUAUCUCUCGAUAUCUGAAUGGUACAGCUGAGCCUUCGUUAACACGGCCAAACAUCAGGCAAUGCAUCCAUAUUCUGUAAACCUCGGGAAAUGUGAGUUCAUACUUUGGUGUCUGAAGAAUUGGAUAAGACUGUAUAACCAAUUACUCUAGCAAUCAUUUUCAGUAUGUGUCGAUUGAGUCAAAACAAUGACAAUCGAAUGCACCAGAGAACCCGCUUAUGUCAAGCUAAUUCUAAUCGAACCAAGAGCAUAGAAGCACAGCAUUUGUGAGCAUUUGCGUCAUGACGUAGCUAGCGUAGUCAAUGACCAUACGUAGAUGCAUGCCAAUGCGAGGUGUCCAACUUUUUAUUACGCUCUAGAAUCUAGAUUUGCGUCUAUGCUUACUGUUCAGCUACGUUUUGAUCCAUUGAAAAUCGUGAUUCAUACUAACAACACAAGUGUCUACGAUGAACAUCGUAUAUGUAAUAUGUAUGAUUGCGGUUUGCGUGAAAUGUUUCCAAAUUGAUGUGGUUUUGUGACUAACAUGAUACCUAUGGUAUGCGAGUUUCGAUGACUCGCGUACUAACGUAUUACGUGCGCAAAUAGAACACCUCAUCGCUACGCAUCGAACCUAAUAAACUGAUCGUUUGUA